AAGUCACAUGUGGCAAGUCAUAGAUGUAACAUGUUCUAGAAACAUGCUUUGCAAUAGGUCACUUUCCCAGUGAACUGCGGGACAUUUGAACAUUUGGUCAUUGAACAGAGAACAUUUACACCAAGCGAAAACUUGCUAAACUCAAGACGAUGGAAGGCACUGGAGCUCGCCAAUCUUCUAACAUCUUCCAAAAGUGGAACAGGGUGCUGACCCAGGAGAACGAGGCCUUGAAGCAGAAAAUCCAGGAGCUGAAGGACAAGCUUCAGCAGGCCGAAGCCAAGAACCCGAAAGGUUCAGCCUGUUGCCACGUAAUGCAGGAGCACCAACAGGAGCUGAGCGGCCUGAAGAAGAAACACGAGGACGUCGUUAGCCGCCUCGACGCCAGCCACAAGUUCGAGAUGCAGCUGGCUGAGCUGAAGCUGGAGCAAGUCCAGAAAGAGCUCCAGGAGGAAAAAAACCUCAGACGCCAAGGUGAGAAUGAGAAACAGGAAGCUGUGGAAAACGCACGGGUGCUUCAGGACAAACUGAAACGUUCGGAGAAGAUGUCCAAAGGGCCCGCAGUGGAUGGUGAAGCACCUGAAGUCGCGGAGCUGCAGAAAAUGCUUGGAAAAGAAAGAGAGCUAAGGGCCCAGGCGGAAACUGAAAGCGACAAUCAGUUUCAAGCUUUGAGGGUUCUGUCCGAAGAGAUGGACCAAGAAAUUAUUAAAGAGCGAGACCUCAGGGCUCGAGCGGAGGCAGACAAACAGGAGGCUGUGGAAAUCGCAGAGAUUGCCCUCCAGAAACUGGAAGAGAUCAAGAAGACACCAACGGAGGGCAGAGAGGACGACUGCGAGAAAGUUAAAGACGGCACCCAGCAGCUGGAAGACAUGCUGCGAGAAGAGAGAAAGCUGCGGCUCCAGGCCGAAGCCGAGAUCAGCAAUCACGUCAAGUCCAUCGGCGUCUUCUGUGAGAAAAUCAACCAGGAAAUCAACAGAGUGCGAGACACGUUGGCCCACACCAAGGCAGGGAAGAAGGAGGCUGUGGAGAUUGCCGAGAUCCUCCUCAAGAAACUGGAAGAAAUCGAGAACUUGUCCAAGGCGCGUUUGCCCGUGAUCAAGGCAGACGGUCGCGAGAGCCCCAAAUCUGACGUCCAGCUCCAAGAGGCGAAGCGACUCAUGGUCCAGGCAGAGAUGGAAAAAAUCAGACGGUUCCAAGCGUUGUUUGAAGAGAUGGACCAGAAGCUGAAGAAGGAACAAGAACUUCGAGCUCAAACGGAGGCAGACAAGCAAGAGGCUGUAGAAAUCGCAGAUAUUCUCCUCCAGAAACUGGAAGAGAUUGAGAAAAUAUCAAAGGAGCUCUAAACUCCGCUGUUUUAAUAAAUUUGGGGUUUUGUGUGUGGAAAUGUUAA